GCCACUCGCCACUAACUCUUUCUUCCUCACGAGCGCUAGGGUUUCCUGGUGCGGCGGCGGAAGGAGGAGGAGAAGGCGGCGAUGGGGCACUCGAACGUGUGGAACUCGCACCCCAAGAACUACGGGCCUGGCUCACGCGUCUGCCGGGUCUGCGCGAACCCUCAUGGACUGAUCAGGAAGUACGGGCUGAUGUGCUGCAGGCAAUGCUUCCGCAGCAACGCUAAGGACAUCGGCUUCAUCAAGUACCGCUGAAGUCAGCUGGGCUACCUGCCAGCGAUGAGAGCCUUAUGUGGGGUGAAGAAAUGGAUCAUUUGAUAGAAGGCGCAAUUUGAAUUACAGUUAUUUAGAUGUUUGCUGAGAACUCUGCUAGUAAACUCUGGUUUAUGUCUUUGAUUGAAAACUGAAUGAUGUGGAUGUUGAACGUGAGUUGAUUGCAAUAUCUUACAUGUGCUGCUGCGUGAGCUA